CAAAGUCCACAGAAGAAGAAUGUGCGACGGUUUGAAGAGGUGGUUGGUCAAUGGGGCCAUGUUGUGAUUAGUAGGACUAUAGUACAGUGUAUUUGUUUCUCCUGGAAGUGAACAUGUAGUAAUGUUUUUCCUAAUUUGAAGUGAGACCUUCGCCGGUGUUAUCCAGACACGGGAGGACAGAUCCUACUUUCUUGCCCUGUCAGAUGUAAGUUCCCACCUGGAUGUCAGCACAACAUGAAUGUGGCAGCAGUUUUUGUUUGGUUCAGCCUGGUGGUCACUAAAGCCAUUUGUACUCUGGAAGAGUACCGUCUGGUGUGCUAUGUGAACAGCAGGACCCAGCACCAUCCUGACAUGCUUGCCUUCAGCCUGGACAUGGCUGACCCAUUCCUCUGCACUCAUAUCAUCAUGGCCUACAUGGACCUGGACCAAGACUAUCACAUCACACCCUUCACACAGGAGGACAAGACCCUCUGCAACUCCCUCAACAUGCUCAAAGAGGGGAACCCAGAUCUGAAAACUCUGCUUGCUGUUGGGGGAAGGAACUCUACGGACACCAGGCUCCUAAAAAUGUCCUCUGACAACACCAGGAGGAAGACGUUUGUCCAGUCUGUUCUGAAACACCUGAGGCAGGAGGGCUUUGAUGGACUGGAUGUGGUGUGGCAACCUCGCUCUGCUUCUAAUGUAGCACAGGGGGGGAAACAUAUAUUCACUAAUCUGCUCAAGGAGCUGCGUGGAGGAAUUCAGGAGGAGGCUCGUGUCUCAGGGAUUGAGGCCUUGCUCCUCUCCACAGCAGUGUCCGGCCUGGAGGACUAUGCCAGAGAGGCCUACGAUGCACAUUCCUUCCCCCAGUAUGUUGACUUCAUCUCCUUGGUGACCUCUGACCUCCAUGGGCCACUGGAGGGAAUGUCAGGUCACAUCAGUCCAUUGUUCAGCCGGAAGCAUCCAGCUAUGGACACACCUCAGAGAGAAGUUCUCACUACAAACCAAGUGCAGUACUGGCUCUCUCAGGGAGUGGAUUCCCAGAAGCUGACUCUGGGGUUCCCUACCUACUCACCUGUACCCCAAAUCCUGAGGAACGAGAUAAAUUCUGACAAGGAAGACACAGAGCUACAAGAGGACGUAGCGGAAUAUACUGAGACUGAUACUACUGUACGUGUUAUGGCCUACCAUGAGGUGUGUCAGUACCUCAAAAGUGGGGCGUUGGUGACAUUUGAUAAGAGCAAGAAGCUGAUACAGGCACAUGAAUACGAUCACUGGCUGAACUUUGAAUAUAUACAUAUCCUGAGGGAGAAGAUGAGAGCGCUGCAGCAUCAGGAGCUGGGUGGAGCCAUGGUGUGGUCUCUGGAUCUGGACGACUUCACGGGGACGCUGUGUGGCAAAGGUCGCUUCCCGUUCACCAGACUGCUCAAAGCGUCGCUUCUCAGGGAUAAGGGGCCACGACAUCAUAAACGCCACCACCGCUCACGCCACCGUCAUCACCAUCGCCAUCCACAUCGUCAUGGUGGUUUCCUUUCCCGUGACAGCCAUCGCACUGGUUACCAUGUCCAUUGUCACCGUCACCUUGACCGCCACAACAUUUAAUCACACAGUGGAGUGUGACUGUAACGUAACUCACUACACUGGCAAGACUCAACAUACCAUCCCUGGGGCGGCAGGUAGUGUAGUGGUCAGAGCAUUGGACUUAGUAACCGAAAGGUUGCAAGAUCGAAUCCCCGAGCCGACGAGGUAAAAAUCUGUCGUUCUGCCCCUGAACAAGGCAGUAACCCACUGUUCCUAGGAAAAUAAGAAUUUGUUCUUAACUGACUUGCCUAGUUAAAGGUAGAAUUUUAAAAAACCCUGCAAGAAGAUAUUAGCAUAUGUUUUUUUAUAUGGUAGAUCAGGUUGGACUGUUUGUUGGCUCUGUGAGUGAUUGUUGUCAUGGUAUAGUAGAGAUGAGGCUCUAGAUUUAUCUUCAUAACUUGCACUUUGUCCUCUAUGGUGGAAUACUAUGCGUUAAUUGUAUUGUUUUAUGACAAAUUUUACUGCUUUACAAAUAAUAAAAUGAAUGGCUCCAUUUCCAUGGCCUAAUAAAACGUUUUGAUAUGCCAUUAAA